UUGCGCUGUGUAACACGCAAUCUUAGGCGGGAUUAUUUCCACAAUCUGCACACUGCUUGAGUUAGCUAGUGUUAGUAGACUGUGUGAAUAAUGGCACCUACAGGUGAAGUGGUGUUUGGCAGUGAGAAGAGAGUUUGUUCUGAGACUCGUUUGCGCUGGGAUCUUACACCCGAUCAAAUUAAUGAGCUAACGGAUGAGCUCAUUGUGAAGACCAAGAGAGUCUAUGACAUUGUUGGGUCCUUGGACUUAGCAAACGUCACCUACGAGAACACUCUGAAGGCCCUAGCUGAUGUGGAAGUGGAGUACACAGUCCAGCGGAACAUGCUGGAUUUCCCCCAGCAUGUGUCCCCCUCUAAGAAUGUGCGGACAGCCAGCACCGAUGCAGACAAGAAGCUCUCAGAGUUUGAUGUCGAAAUGAGCAUGAGGGAAGAUGUCUAUCAGAGGAUUGUUGCUCUUCAGGAGAAGCUAAAGGAGGAGAGUCUUACCUCUGAAGCCAAGAGAUAUAUGGAGAGAUUGAUCAAAUUGGGAGAGAGAAAUGGGCUCCACCUUCCCAAGGACAAACAAGAUGAGAUUAAGAACAUCAAGAAGAAAUUGAGCACCAUGUGUAUUGAUUUCAACAAGCACUUGAAUGAGGACACUACAAGUCUCUCUUUCACGCGAGAGGAGCUGGGUGGCCUUCCUGAUGAUUUCCUUAACUCCUUGGAGAAGGAUGAGACUGGAAAGUUAAAGUUGACCCUCAAAUACCCUCACUAUUUCCCCACCAUGAAGAAAUGCUAUGUCUCUGAGACACGCAAAAAGUUAGAAGAAGCCUUCAAUUCUCGCUGUAAAGAGGAGAACUCUGCUAUCCUGAAGGAGUUGGUGGAUUUACGCUCUCAAAAGAGUGCUCUGCUGGGCUUCACUACCCAUGCUGACUUUGUGCUGGAGAUGAAUAUGUCCAAAGUGUCCCAGAAGGUUGCUGCGUUCCUUGAGGAUCUGGCCAGGAAACUAAAGUCCCUGGGUGAGGAAGAGCGUGCUGUCAUCCUCAAGCUGAAGGAGAAGGAGUGCCAGCAGAGGGGUCUCCCCUUUGAUGGCAAGCUGUACGCAUGGGACACGCGUUACUUCAUGACCCAGGUGGAGGAGACUCAGUAUGCUGUAGACCAGAACCAGCUGAAGGAGUACUUCCCAAUGGAGGUGGUGACCCAGGGGCUUCUGGACAUCUACCAGGAGCUGCUAAACCUCUCCUUCCAGCAGGUAGAGGGUGUGUCUGUGUGGCAUGAAGAUGUCACGCUGUACUGUGUCAAGGACCGCACCACUGGUCAGGUGGUGGGCCAGUUCUACCUGGAUCUUUUCCCCAGAGAGGGAAAAUAUGGGCAUGCUGCAUGCUUUGGCUUGCAGCCUGGCUGUCUGCUGUUUGAUGGAACCAGGCAGAUGGCUGUAGCUGCCAUGGUGGCCAACUUCAGCAAACCCACUGCUGAUGCCCCUUCCCUGCUGCAGCACGAUGAGGUGGAGACCUAUUUCCAUGAGUUUGGCCAUGUCAUGCACCAGCUCUGUGCGCAGGCGGACUUUGCCAUGUUCAGUGGAACUCAUGUAGAGAGGGACUUUGUGGAGGCACCUUCUCAGAUGCUGGAGAACUGGGUGUGGGAAAAGGAGCCACUGCAACGCAUGUCCAAGCACUACAAGACCGGCAACCCAAUCCCGGAUGAUCUGUUGGAUAAACUCAUCAAGUCCCGGCUUGCCAACACUGGUCUGUUCAACCUGAGGCAGAUUGUGCUGGCUAAAGUAGACCAAACCCUCCACACCAAGACAGGAGUGGACCCAGCAGAGGAGUACGCCAAGCUCUGUCAGGAAAUCCUAGGAGUGCCUGCCUCCCCAGGGACAAACAUGCCAGCCACCUUUGGGCAUCUGGCAGGUGGAUAUGAUGCUCAGUACUACGGUUAUCUCUGGAGUGAAGUCUUCUCCAUGGACAUGUUCUAUGCCCGCUUCAAAAAAGAUGGAAUCAUGAACCCCAAGGUGGGUCUGGACUAUAGGAACUGUAUCUUGAAACCUGGAGGCUCCGAGGAUGCAGCAGAAAUGCUGAAGAAAUUCCUGGGACGUGAGCCCAAUCAAGAGGCGUUCCUCCUGAGCAAAGGACUUUCAGUUGAACUGGAGCCGGGCACACCGUGUGCUUGCUGACCACUUACAUUCGCAAUAGAGUGUUAUCCAUGCCUCUCGGAGGAACAUUUAACGCACAGGCACUGGAGACUUGUCACUCAGAUCUACCUUAUUCACCACCCUGAAAUUUCACUCGCAAGCCGUCUCAGCAAUUAUUGGUCUUUGGUUCAAAACGUGUUCAGAUACAGUUCUCUGUCUUGAGCCAUGGAUAGUUGUUUUAAAAAUUAAAAUUGUAUUCAGUUAGGUGAAAAGAAAACGUUCAGCAAAAUGGUCCUUUGACUCUGCACUCUGUAGCCAUAGUGGUUUUUUCAAACAGAUUGAAAUAAUCUCCAUAGUAAGUUCACUUAAUGAAUUUUAAUUACUGUAUGAAAUGAAAUGUGAUGUCAUAUUUUUGACCAAUUUACCAGUUGCUUGACCACUGUGUAAAUGGGGGAAAAAUAUGCUCAAUCAUAUUCUUUGACAAUUUGAGUCAAAAUCAUUCUGGGUUUGCAGGUGUGUUUUUUUUUGUUUUUUUAUUUAUAAGAUGUCAGCUGUUGCAGAGUUCUGCCUGGGGAAUAUUUAGCUUUGCAUGUAUGCUCUGAGUGCACUUGCGGACAGUUUUAAGUCUCAAUUCUCAGUUCUUUGUCCCCUCAGGACUGCAAUCAACAGGGUUUAAGGGGAAGACUGGAGCAAUACUCCACAUGGCCAUAUUUAAUUGAUGCAAAUGGUGUAUUACUGCACAGUGGGGCAGAUGGGUAACGUCUUGGUGGUUGUUUUUCUUAUUUGGCUCUUGCAGCCCUCAUAGUAAUCCAACACGUGCAAGUUAUUGAACUAAAUGUCAUUCUUGCUUAAAUAACAACGGUAGAUGAAUAAAGGGUGUUUAAGGCA